AGGGAGGAAGCCCUACGUUGGGAAGAACCCGCUCCUGGCGCCGGUGGCGGUGGAAUUGAACCCAAAAGACGGGGCAACAGCUCUAAGAAAACCUGGGGGACAGUAUAUCCGCGUAAUUUCUCCAAUCCGUCCCAUCUUUUACCCCUAACCCGCCUCACUACACCCACCUAUAUACACAUGACCCAUAACCCCCAAAGGCUUACAUAACGUAACCGAGGGGACAUAACAUGAGUGUUGGGCGUCCUUAGGGACACGUUGAGCACGAUGACGCAAUUCAUGACAAUCAGUGCGGCUACCACCAUGACGAAAAUGAGAUACCUGAAAUAAGGGAGACGGGGUGGCUAGUGUCUUCAUUCUUUUUGUAUCCAACCCAAGACAAGGAGAGGGAGGGAAGAAGUGUUACAACUCUGUCAAUCCGUAGAUGACAUCACAAUCGCGACCGGCUAAAUUAUAAUCCCACUUUUGUUACCUCAACGCCGAAAACUUAAACCAACAUUUCCAAAAGGCACUUGCCAGCUGGGACAGCUCUACGUCAACUACACUGUCUCAUGCCCUCUUUCCUCCCUCAAAAUGCAGUAUUUGUGUUUCGGGAUAGGAUAUGACGUGACAGCCCUAAAGUUGUGUUCCUUAAGGAGCCGGAAGCCUCCCCCCCCCAUCAGCUCCUUCCACGUGAGAGUCACAUAAUUGCCCCACAUUCUGACCCUACCUUAGAGGAACGGCUUCAUCUAUGCAGGGGUCCUCGGGUUCCUUCGAUGCUCUGCUAUGGGUCUAUGGCUACCCCAGUUCCACGGAGGUGGACUUCCGGCCCUCACUUCUAUGCUCCCUGGAGUUGGCCCUGGCUGCAGCCCAUGAAUAUCUGGAAUUCGGGCUGGAGAAGAUGAGGCCUUUAGGGCCUGGGGGCCAGGAUGGGGAGGAAGGGGAGCUGCCAGAGUGGGAAAGAGUGAAGCUAGAGUCACACAGCUCCCCAACCUCUCCAGAACCCUCCCUGGGGCUGGUGCUGAGAGAGGCUAUGGGAAGUGCCUUGAGCUUUGGAACUACCUUGCUGCAGAUCUCAGCCCUGUGGCUACAGCUGGAAACUCGGCGCCUCUGUGGCUGCAGCGGCCACGUCCACAAUCUGAGCUCGGGGAACCCUGGGCACCCGUUGUCCCGAGUGGCGUUGGCUGCAGGGCGGGGCGUGAGAGAGGCGGGAGCCAAGGCCAAAGCUAGCGCACAGCUACUCCUCCGUGGGGCACGGUUCUGUUUGCCAGUAGGGUUGAGAUUUACGGGAAUUCACACUGCCCCAGGAAGACAGCUUCCCUCCUACGGCCCUGGCUCAUUGGGCUGGGCAGCGGAAAACGUGUGAGUUAAGAUUCGACUGCGAGGCCUGCAUGUGGGGAUGUGGGUGAGAAGAAACUUUGAGAGCAAGGUGGAAGCAAGGAUAAAGUGGGAGGGGGAUAUUCUCCAAAUCUGGGGUCCGUGGAUCAGUUGGAGAUACUCAGUUAGCCACUCCUUUAACAGGAACACUGCAGAGGGCUCGAGAUGAAACAGAGGUGAUGAAGGGUAUCUGGGGAACUGUUGACUCACCACCAACCCAAAUAAAGCAGUGAAGAAAA